UAGUUUUUUUGGGUUCCACUCAAAACUAAACCCGUCUCUCUCUCUCUUCCUCUCUUCCUCUCUUCCUCUCUUCCACUUCACUCUCUCGCCUUCUUCGCUCUUGUCAUCUUCCGCUUCUCUUUCCUCCGUAGCUUCUAUGGCCAAAUCCCCAGAAUCGCCCACUGUAAUCGAGCCGGGGACCUUGAACCCUGACUCGGAUCUGUCGUCUUCUGCCAAUGGCCGAGCGGAGAUCGACACUUCAGCGCCUUUCGAGUCAGUGAGAGAGGCUGCCACUCGGUUCGGCGGUUUUGGUUUCUGGAGACCACCUCACAUUACUAAAGUCCCAGAAGCCUUUCAGGAAAAUGUCGAAGAAAUCAUGGAACUCAAGGCACAGGCUGCUGAGCUACAGAACGAUCUAAUUGUGAAAGAACGUGAAACUCUCGAGGUGCUCAAGGAGCUUGAGGCGACUAAAUCCACAGUUGAAAAGCUCAACUCAAAGCUGCAGGAAAAGAACGAGGAGGAGAUGUUGAGAGAAGAAGCUCACGGUCAUAUCAAGACAGCAGGUGUGGUACUGAAGGAUUUAAGUCAGGCCAAGAUGAAUUUGUGCAAGACGACGGUGGAUCUUGCGGGUAUACGCGGGUCGGUUGAGCAGUUGAACAAGAAACUGCAGGAAGAAAGGGCUGCACUUGAGAAGACCCGCGAGAGACUUAUGCAGAAAUCUCUGAAAGUGAUUUCUCUAGAAGAAGAAGAAAUGACGCUAAGAUUUGCCAACAAGGGUGAAAAGAAAGAUCUAGAGAAUAAUGCAUCAGGUAUGAUGAAUGAGGUUCAAAUACUCAGCCGCGAAGCUCAAGAGUUGAAGAAAACAGGAGAAUGUGCACGGACAGAAGUUGUGAAAGCAAUGGCUGAGAUUGAACACACAAGGGAAAAGAUCAAAACGGCCAAGAUAAGGUUGGUGGCAGCUAGAAAAAUGAAGGAAGCGGCCAGAGCGGCUGAGGCGGUUGCAAUCGCUGAGAUUAAGGCUGUUACCGCAAGCAAAGACGCCGAUGAGGCCGUGACUGUGACUAUCUCUGCUGAAGAGUAUGCUGUGCUGGCUCGUAACGCUAGAGACGCAGAGGAAGUGGCGAGAAAGCGAGUGGAAGAUGCAAUGUCGAGAGUUGAGGAAGCUAAUGUUUCAAAGAUGGAUGUUCUGAAGAAAGUGGACGAAGCGUCCCAAGAAAUCGAAACCAGCAAGAAGGCAUUGGAGGAAGCAGUGGAGAGAGUCGACGCUGCAAAUGCUACAAAACUCAAAGCAGAAGAGGCGUUGCGGAACUGCCGUUCAGAGAACGGACAGAGGAGAAGAUCAUCUUCUUUGGUGAACAACACUGCCAAGUUCAAGAACAGAAGAGAGACAACAACAACAACAACGCGUCUGAUGGAUGUAAACGGUCUGCAUCUGACAUAUGAUGUUGUUGCGGGGUCAUCGUCUUCAGUCCCUGUCUUGAAGCCAACAAUGUCAAUCGGGCAAAUACUCAGCAAGAAGCUACUUAUUGGAGAGGAUUCAGAGUUUAAUGUUGGUAGCGAGAAAAGGAAAAUGUCGUUGGGUCAGAUGCUGGCAAAGAAUAGCGAUGGUAACAGAGCUGUGAGCAAGAAGAGUGAAGGGAAGGAGAAUGGGAAAAGAUCAGCGACUCGAAAGAGAAAGAAUUUCGGAUUUGCUAAGAUCUCUGUGUUGUUAAACAAAGAGAGCAAGAAUAAGAAGAAGAAGAAACAGAUAGCUUUGAACUUGAGGUGACCUAAUGAGACUUGCUUGUGUUUUGUUACGUUAACCAACUGGGUCUUUCUUAAUAUUAGAUGUGAAUCAACCGUUCUAUUAUAAUGUGAAUCUCAACUAUCUAAUCCCAAUACGAUAUUAGAUUUAUUAGCUUUGGCAGAGAAACGAGAUAGAAAAGAUGAAGUGUGGGAAAUUUCAGUUACAAACAUUCUAUUAUAAGUCUCUUUUAUAUCCUGAGAGUGUAAGAUACACUGAACACUGUGUAUGGUUUAGU